CAUGCUCCGUGGCCGAUUUUCAAUCAUAAACAACAUAAACCCCAUGCACAACAUACACCAAUACAGCUUUGGCCAUCUUCGCCACCCUUCGGAACAUCAAAAUUUAAGCCAUCCCGUGAACGGCACCACGACGGGAAAGAAAUUACAUGCCCCGAAAGCAGUCGAAAGGAUCACGUUGCCGAGCGCGGAUGUACUCAGGCACGGUGCGCCGCAUACGGUUUGGGGCCUUUCUUUCACGUUCCGGUACGAUCCGUGGCCAACUCAUACAAAGUGUCUAGCGCUCGCCCAACGAUAGCCACCGGGGUUGUGAGGCAUUGGAUUAUACUACACAAGUGACGGCACGCACGGUUUAAGCGGACGGAACAAGUUGCAGUGCUGGUGUGUCCGCAGGACAAUAAAAUGUGCAGCAAACAGUGCGGAUGGUCCGAUCGUAAACGGACAUUUAACGUUCCUUUCCCCGUGUACACACCGACACGCACGCGUGCGGUUUGACAAGCCCGAGUGAAAGCAAGGGGGCUCGAAGGGGUGAGGGGGCAAGACAGGAGAGGAAACAAACAGACCCCGUGAACAGUGUGCGCCGCGCCACAGUUUGUGUUCGGUCGGUCGGGAAAAUCGGUCACGAAAGUUUUUCGGCAUUCAAUUGAUUUUCACCAUUAUCCUUCGAAGAACCCGGGGUGGGGGUAGUUCGAAGGCAAGUGACGGAAGUGUGGGGGGGGAGGGUGUAUGAGAGGUGAGGAAGGGUAAGGAUGACAGACAGAGCAGAAAGAAUCACCGUCGUCCUCUGUCUGUCGCUCGUGUGCGGGGGCACAGGUGUAUAAGGGAAAGCGAGAGAGAGAGAGAGAGAGAGAGAAAGAGAGAGAGAAAGAGAGAGAGAGAGAGUGAGAGAAACUGGUGAGAAAGGACUCCGCGGGUGGAGUCAUCAUAAACAACUUUAUGAAGCGUAUGAAUUACAAAAGGUGACUACUGCAUCACAACUACACCGACACCGGCAAGGACUCCGAGGGCAGACGUCGACGGCAACGAAGACGAGAAAUCAAGUGCCUGUAGUGUUGUGUACGGGGAUCGGGAUUUUUUGUUUGUCCUCUUGCUGGAGAACCGAACCUCACCAUCAGCACUAGAGGUCCACGAUUGGGGCCAACGUUGGUCGAGGCUCCCGGCACCGGAAAACGAUGACAGCAGCCCGGCCAGCCACCGGACGUAUGUGUGACGAGUUCGUACGGCAGACGGCAUCGAAGCGGAGGCCAACGUACGGCACCCCGAGGUGAGGUGUCAGACAAGGACGCAGGAGAGUAGGUUAGCGGGGGCAAAGCGCCACAGACAAGCAGGUCACAGCCAGCAGCACCAAUGAGUACGCCUAAAAUUCGGGGAAAGUCUGCCAUACACGAUGCCAUCAUCGGGCCGAGUGCGUCCAGUGCAGCGGCCGUCGGUGGCGGUGCACAGCACAACGCACUGCUCAAGAUCGAAUCGGUAGUGCCAAAGCUUACGGCCCGUGCUGCCAACGGUCCGGGCUCGAACAUUGUGCUCGCCUCGGGACAUUCCACACGCUUGCGUACCUUUCAUCGGUCCCACAGUACACUGAGCUCGUCCUACCUGCGGAAGGUUACGGCGGCCGCGGCGGCUGAUUACAAUCGACAACAGCGCAUCCAUCCGUCCGGACCAGCCCGGCCGGAACCGAUCAACGAACGAGGGAGCUAUGGACCAUCACCACCGCCACCUGCAGCUCCACCCCUAUCGCAAGCCCUGCUCGACACCACCGGGCAGCAGCUGCUUGCAGGAUACGCUGAAACACCUCCCCUGGACAGUACACUGAUCGUACAGAAUGGCGUCCCGAGCAUUCGAAGAUCGCCGAAAGAUCGCGAGAAACAUCCGGAUCGGGUGAAUCUCGAUCGGAAAGGGCUCAGCUCGAUACCGCUCAUCGAGGACGAACCGAACCUGCGGCUGCUCUCGCUACAACACAACCUGAUCAACUCAUUCCACAUCCCACCGGAAGCUGAUCCGAACAACAACCUACACAACCACCACCACCACCAGCAUAAUGGUCCGAUCGCCGGAGGACAUUGUGUGAUCAAUGGUGGUGAGCUAAAGCCUGCUACCGCACUCUUCCCCGCCAGCAAUCCACCCACACCGACCAAACCGUCGCCAAGCGGCACACCGACCAAUGGGCCCGUAGCGCCCGCCGUACCUCCCGCCACUUGCUACGGUACCACAAAACCAUCCGCCAAACAGUUUCUACGGCAGAAAUCGACCUCCCGGGGGCAGCUACUGAUGGGAACGAAUCUAGCUACGCUAGGUCCACCGGGAACAGUCGGACCCAGCAGUGGUCCGGUCGCGGGAAGCUUUAUCCAAAGCAAGAUAACGAUCGGUAGCAAACAGUCCGCGUCACAGACUGCAUCGGUGCCACCGCACCCGCCAGGCCCCAACGGCCCAAUGUCCGGUGUCUCGCCACACCUCCAGAAACCGUCUCCGCACGCCGUUUCUUCCUCCACGGGUCCGAUCGCCAUUACGGCCCAACAGAAAAGUUUGCUCAAAAAGUCGAACAGCUUCAUCGGUGGUCCUAGCAUGUUCCAAACCGGUGGUCCGAAUGGGCAGUCCGCUGCGACCAGCGGCACCUCAGCGAACGGGAUGCUGAAGAUGCGAGCCGGUAAGUUGCUGCUCGUGCCAUCCUUCAGCAUUGACAACCUGAGCAACAUAACGGAACUUCCUGCCGGUGGAGGCGGUUCCGGUGAGCCGGACUACUUUAACGGUCAUUCCAGCAGCAACGGAAGCGCGGGAACCAGUGGCAAAACGACUCCAACCAACAACGCCCCGCCAACGGACUGUGCACUGCCAACGAGCUGUAGCGUGCUCGUCACACGCUACAACCUUAGCAAUCUAGUCUUUCUCGAUCUGUACGAUAAUCAGAUCGAGAAGAUCUCCUGCCUGGAUGGGCUGAAGAGUUUGACGGUGCUGCUGCUCGGCAAAAACCGUAUCACCGACAUCGGGGGGCUCGUGUCGCUCAAGAGCACACUGCGCGUGCUCGAUCUGCACGGCAACAAGAUCGGCAACAUUACGGGCAAGAUCAACCAGCUGCAGGAGCUAAAGUCGCUCAACCUGGCCGGCAACGCGUUGCGUCAGAUACAGGCGCAAGACUUUGCCGGGCUGUUUAGCCUGAAGGAGCUGAACCUGAAGCGGAACCGGAUCAAGAAGAUAUUCGGCUUCGACGAUCUGCACAAUCUCGAGCGGCUGUGGUUGUGCCACAACGAUCUGCAGUGCGUGGAGGAUAUGUCGGCGAUCGCGAAAGCGAUCAACCUGAAGGAGGUAACGAUCGAGAACAAUCCCGUCUCGCUGGCGGGCGAUUGCGUUUCGUUUCUGGUAAGCUACCUGCCGGGAUUGGUCUCACUCAGCCAGAUGCAGAUUACCGAGCAGGUGCGCCGUGCAGCGUCGGCGUGGCGCAAAAACAAGGAACUCUCCGAUAGCAAAUACUCCAACCUGUCGUCGGACGUGUGCCAGAGUAUGCGGCGCGAGGAAAUCAUCUCGAACGCACGCACCAACUGGGAGCUGCUAAGAUCGCAACAGUCGACCGUGAUUGCGCGCGGUGCACAGCGACUCACUGCCAAUGGAACCGUGUCGAGAGAUGCGGAUCUGUUGCUCGAUACCGCAGGCAGUAGCACUCUGCUGACGGAGCAAGGUACGGCUGCCGGCAUUGCUGGUGGGGAGAAAUUGACACGCAAGGGAAACGCAGGGAAUGGGACGGCACAGGGUAAUGGCACUGGGGCACGACCGCUUCGGGUGGCGAAUGGGAAGAGAACGGCGGGCCGGAAGCCGUUGGUGAGAUCCUCCUCGCAGGAUAACUCUAGCUCGCAAGUUUCCGAGCAGGGUGGAGAAGAGUACUUCCGAUUGCCACCGAUUCUUGCACCGUUUCUGGAACAGACCGCCGCCAAGCCGGGUGCUGGUGAUGGUGAUGGUUCAGUUACGUCCGGUGUCGGUACGCACGCAGAUUCGAGUGUUUCCAGCGGCUUUAGCUCCGACAACGACGAACAGCUCAAUCUCGAGAAGGAGAUGGAUAAACAGACCACUCUGGUGGCGUGCAGUGCGAACUCUACUCCGGAGAAAGAGUCCGACACCGAUCCGGUGCCCGUACUGUCUGUAGUUGCCGAUGCGGUAGAGGAGGCGACCGACAAGCGAGCUGAUCCUGAACCGUCUGCUGACCUCCCCGUACAGGAGGAAAGUACUUUGCGUGGUGAGGAAUUAAAGUUGCCGUUGGUGGUGGACGAACAGCCGCCCGACUCGUCUCAAGCACCGGAUGAAGCAAAUCUCGAUAAACUGUCCACCCUAUCGACGGUAUCGAACAAAAGUGCCUCCGAGUCGGUUAUCACAAUCGCUUCCUCCAAUUCCGACUCCACCGGAUCUACCACGGAUUCGGGCGGGAGUAGUUCGGCCGGUGGUGGUGGUGGUGGUGGUGGUGCAGGUAGUUCGAAUGGACACACCUCAUCCCUAACUACGGAACGGGGACGAGCGCACAAAACGAAGCUUACCACCCCCAUCAAGCGGUACGGUACCGGGACAUUCUCGCGGACGCAAACCGCACGCAACACAACACUGCCCGCCACCGCAACCAGCCUGGCCAAUUCGUCCAACCUAGCCAAUGGCACGAACGGUGGAACGCUUUCCGCUGCCGCCGGUGGUGCCGCUGCAGCGUAUGCCGGAAUCCCGAGCAGCAAUUACGGACCACCCACCGUCAGCUCCGGCACCGGCAAGUCGGGCAAAUCGGGCGAACGCGAACGGGAGCAGGGCGGCGACUAUCUGAUCGAGAUCUGUGGCCGGUACCUGAACGUGUACGGGCUCGGUGCGCUCCGGUUCAUCGACAAGCAGUGGAACGUGCAGAAGGCGUGCGACGUCCACACGGUCAAGUUUAGCUACAUCAACUUCAACAGCAUCACGGCGAUCCUGUGCCGGAUCAAGGUGCGGUUCGUGAACGCGGAAAACUUCAUCUUCCGCGAGACGAACAUUACCUGCCUCGGGCAGAUCAAUGCGCUCGCCGAAAGCCAGGGCAUCGCGUCGCUGACGAUCGACCCGGAGGGCAACCCGUUGGCGACCCGGGCCUGGCGCAGCUACGCCAUCUACCGGCUAUCGCACUGGGGCCUCAAGCAGGUGAACGGGGCCGAGGUGACGCCCGAGGAGGUGCAAACGGCCGAGGCCACGUACGCCGGCCUGUCCGAUCUGGUGCUGUGGUCCCUCCCGGAAGGGCUUCUGCAGCCGCUGCUGCAGCGGUUGCGGCUCGAGGAGACGGCGCACGCCUCCAAGAUGACCGCCAAGGAGUGGCUGAUGCAGGCGGACCCAUCGCUCAAGAACAUCGUCGGCAAGGAGGCCCUGCAGUGGAAGAAGCACAGCACCACCCAGGACGAUACGGUGAUGCGGGCCAAGGGCAAAGCGUACUUCGCCAAGAUGCUGGAAAACACGUGCAACGCGGUAGAGAAGCUGCAGCGGCUCGAAACGAUGUGGCCGGUGCUGCUGCUCGAGAUGAUCCGCAACACGCUGAUCGACUACUCGCAGAUCGACGUGUACGUCAAGGGGAUGCUGGUGGAUCUGCUCAAGUAACGGACCACCGUGUUCAGCCGCCUGUUCGGAAUGGUGUCAUCAGCUCAGCUGGACGUGCCCUGCCCCCCAGACUCCCGGCCACCAGACAUUCGUCCCGAUUGUAAUCGUAAUCGCUAAGUCGUUCGCUAUUCUUUACCUCCCUCCUUUUUGCGUCUUCGAAAAGGGAAGCGAAGCGGGCCAGAUUUUCUAGUAAAUUGAUUGAACCAGCUCAUUGUGCAAUAGUAGCAUAGCAAGUGGCACACACUUUACUUUACACACUC